AUGGGGCCUCGAGGACGAACGCGUGACCUCCUCGACGACGUGUUGCGCGAGGUGCCGAGCGUGCUGGACAGGCUGUCGGACGAAGACAAGGUCAACCUGGCGGCGACACGAUGGAGCACGCUGGAGGCGGUGCUGCGCGGGUGCAGGGCGGUGCUGAAAGUCCACCUGAACGACCCGGUGCUGCAAGUGCUGGCGCGGCGGAUGGAGGAGGGGCCGUGCCGGGGGGAGCUUGCGACGUGCGGGCCGGGUGUGGCGAGGUACGGGAUGCGGGUGGCGGCGACGGACGCGGGGCAUCUGCUGGAGGCUGUACGCAAGGUCGGCGGGCCCCAGCCCGGCUCGAUUGGCGACCUCCCAGAGCACAACCGCCAGUGGAUCGACCUGGCGUGGGCGCUGACGUGCGGGGCGGAGAACGGGGAGGCGCGCGUGACUGGGCUGAAGGUGCCGCCGACGAGCGACGAGAACCACGCCACGAUGGAGCUGGCGGCGAUCCAGCACAUCCUUGCGUCACGGCCUGCCAGGGAACACCUGCGGCGCCUGGAGUGGACGGUACAGCACUCGUUUCCUUUGCCAUCGGACAACGGGCACAUCGAGCUCCUGACGAAGGCGAUGCGCGGGCUGUCGGCGCUGCAGCAUGUUCACCUCCAUGCGGCCCCAGCGAGCUGGAUGUACUUGAUCGGCGAGUACAGCCGCCUGACGACGCUCGAGCUGACGACCAUGACGGUGAGCGCGCACCAGAUGCGGGCGCUCCUGGACGGUCUGGAGCAGGCCAGGGAGCUGCGGCACCUGCGCCUGGAGUGUUUUUACCGCGAUGGGGACGGCGUCGGUGGCCGUCAGCUCCCAAACGCGUUGCGGGCCCCGCCCGCGGGCCUCGAGGUGCUCGACGUCUACGAUAGCACGUGCCCUUACGACUUGCGGGAGGCCACGAGCCUGCGCGCGCUGGUACUGACUGGCGGGGCAGGUUGCGACACUGAACCGUGGGAGGAGGUGGCGGCGCUGAUGGGACGGAGCAAGGAGCUGCGGCGCGUGACUGUGGACGAUGGCACAGUCUCGGAUAGUGACGUGUGCGCGGUGUUCUCGGCGCUGGGGCGGAGCACGGUGGAGGUCUUCGAGUGCGCGUGGGAGUUCUCGGUGUUCGUUGAUGAAGAAAUCCGCUCGGCUCUGACGGAGGCGCUGGUGUCGGGGCUGCGCAACAACCGGACGCUGCGGGAGCUAGCCCUGUCGCACGAGGCGGCACCCGGAGAGGACGAUCUCUUCCUGGACGUGCCCAAGGUUGCGGCGGCGCUGAAGGACAGCGGGGCGCUGCGGCGGCUGAAGCUGGACAGCGCCGCGAUUACCGACGACGAUGUGGUGGCAAUUGCGGAGAGCCUGCCUUCCAUGCGGUCGCUGGAGGAGCUGGAUCUGGGCUCGAUCAAACACGUGACCGGGAAGGGGUUGCAGUGGGCAGGAAACAGCUUGCGCGUCUUGCGGCUGCAAGGAGCCCAAUCUUUAGGCAAGGAGGGUCUUCGGGACGUGUUGUCCUCGCUGUGCGGCGGGUAUCGAGGCGGGAAUCUGCACAAGCUGCAGAUCUCAGGCAGCAGCAUCGGCGGCGCGGGCGCAGAACGCGUCGCGGCGGUGCUCGAGCACCCCGCAUGCUCGUUGCGGACGCUCAGCCUGACGAACAGUGGCAUCGGCGACGCCGGCGCGGAGGGCAUCGCUGGCGUGCUGGGACAGAAUCGCUCGCUGGUGUCACUCAACCUGACGGGCAACCGGCUCACGGACCGUGGGCAGAAGCGCCUGGCGGCGGCGCUGGCGGACAACAGCACGCUGCGCUUCCUGGAGCUGGGGGAGUGCUACAGCUCUUGGGGCCCGUCGCCGACGCCACUGGCGGGGCAGGUGCUGCAUGCGCAGCACUACGCGCUCGCGAUGCGGCACUUGAACACUCAGCACAUGAUCUAG